GCGCAGCCCCUUUAACGAGCUGAAAAUAAGGUCGUCGUGGCUUGAAAUAAGCGACACGGCAUCUUGGCGCAGGAAUAUAUAAGGCAAGGGUGCCGCGCCCUAACGACCGAACUAUGAAUUCGAUCUCCCUCAGACGCGCUCUUCGAAGCUUGACGAUAUCCACCCCCUCACUGCUACAGACCUUCUACCGAAGACGGAAGUCUCCGGUGCUCGCCGUGAGAAUGGGAAGCACUAGGUCAUCCUCUAGGAGACCCCUCUACCAACCGCUGAACGUCACGAGGAACGAGGUAAGGCUCCUGUCGUUUGUCUUCCCAGACGAUGGAGGGGAGCUCUCUCCUGACGACACCCUUACCGUCACCAUGGAACACCAUUCUCUAGACGAUUACACGGCCGAAUACAGGCAAUAUCUCUCUCAGGUUAAUCCAGGCACCUCUAACGUCCAACUUUACCGGGCUUGGUCACACCAUGUUGAUAGCAAGAUAUCGGAUACGGAUAGACCUUUGUACGAAAAGACCUGCUACAAAUAUCUCGCCCGUUUUGCCUGGGGCGAAUAUAGCGCGCUCAGUUACACUUGGGGUAGUCCAACCCCGGCGCGCAACAUUGUCAUUGAUAGCCGGCUCGUGGAGGUAGGACCGAACCUCGAAGCCGCGCUGCGGACACUUCACGGCUACACGCAACGCCUACAUGGCCUAAAACUCUGGGUGGACGCAAUUUGUAUCAACCAAGCUGAUGAGGAAGAGAAAGCUAUUCAAGUUAAAAGGAUGAAAGACAUUUACAGCAACUCGGCUGUCACCCGCAUUUGGCUCGGAGAAUCCGAUGAAGACACUGCACCGUUCUUCUCGUUCCUGGGGUAUUGUCAUGACACCAUAGUAUCUGCUGUGGAGCGGGAUGAUGAUAGUAUAACCGACUCUUUCUUCGGUGAUCCCGCUUCGGGUGCUUCGGUGGCGCGGCCCUUUCCAGAUGAUGUCCAUGGAUCUGAUGACUCUUUCGAGCUCACUCCAGCACAGAACCGCGAGCUUGUAAACCUAGCAGUCGCUCAUAUCCUGAAGAAGCCAUAUUGGACUCGGGCGUGGAUCAUCCAGGAGCUGGCGGUCAGCGCUCCGUGGGCGGCGAUUCACUGUGGCCCUCACAUUUUGCCGUGGAUGCACUUGGCAAACGUGGUUCGCUACCUGUAUCGGCAUCCAGAGGUGCUUCCAGAGUUGCUCCUGAAUGUGCAAAACCCGGAGAUUGCAGCAGCACAUCAUCUUGUUCAUUCCAUGCAACGGUGGCAGCACGAUGCCCACGAAGCCCAACAGGGUGAAAAUGGGCAAGGAUUACCACCUAUCAUCUACGAUUGGGUCUACCUAGGCCUUACAGCAAACGCCACGCUUCCCCUUGACAAAGUCUACGCCCUUCUCGGGCUCAUGCCUUCCACUAUAGCCGACUACAUCGUCCCGGACUAUUCUGCCGACCCGCUCGACGUAUACGCAAGAUUCACAGGAGCCGUGCUUUGCGAAACUGGAAACCUGAAUCUGAUCUGCAACCCCGAUCCAUACAGACCGGAAGGCUUCCCUUCGUGGGCUAUUAACCUGAACGCUCCUUUUAAUCGACCUGCCGGAGCUACAGCGGUAAACGAGGUGCUACACAGUGCAUCAGCAUCACUGAAAGCAUCAGCUCGCCUCUCGAGUGAUGGGAAAGUUCUAUACUGUCAAGGAUUCAGGGUGGAUCGCAUCGAUGGUAUAGGAGCAUAUGUCAACCAGCGGAUCCUAGCGCAAGAUGGAAUGAAAUACCUAGUUGAAGAGGGAGGAAUGGUAACUAUGCAAGGGGAAGUUCCACAGAGAUUUUCCGGAUACUGUGGGCAAAAUGAUCCGCCUGCGCAUGUAGCUGCCAAUGUCGCCCCUGAAGCACAAGUCAUCAUCCAGCCAAGGCGGAAAGACCAUGCGUAUACGGAUGAGAAGGAAUUACGAUAUGCACUCGCAAGCGUUUUGCUUCACAACGAUGGCAGGGAUACAAAGCAUAUCAUGGCAAAUCUUCGGGCUUUGACCACGCAACUAGAAGGUCGUGGCCUAGGCGAUAUGCCUAGACGGGAAGAAGAGAUUCUCUGGGUUCCAUGGUUCGAAACCGAACAUCUCGAAGAUCCCAUGUUCGUGAAGAUGAAGGAAAAGGGCUGGGACCCAGUCCUCGACAGCGAUUAUUUCGGCGCAUUUCAUACCUUCCGAGAAGCAAAUGCUCAGUUCAACAUUUUCGGACGGUCUUUCCAGAGCUUCUUCCCCGGGAAGGUCGACGACGUGCCAGAAUACGAAUCAGGAAUUAACGCUGCCAUUUCACAAGCCGCUUGCAUUCAAUUGCAAGGUCGAAAGCUAAUCACUACCUCCAAUGGGCUCCUGGGAUCUGUGUCCACCAUGGGGGAAUCGGGGAACGAUUUAUAUAUCCUGCGCGGCUGUAGCGUUCCGCUGGUGCUGCGUCCCAAAAACGACAACUUCGAAGUGGUUGGUGCAGCAUAUGUACACGGACUUAUGGACGGCGAAGCCGUAGACUUGGUAGAGAAAGGAGUGUAUCGUUGGGGGGAGAUACGCCUAUGCUAGUGGAAAGU